GGUCAGCAGCACAGAAAAUGUCGAGACUGCGGUAUUAUUGACCAGCGGGCAUCAACCCGAGUCAUUAAACAAAGAUGGCGGACGACUUGGUUGUUCUUCUUGACAUUUUACACAUUGGAAAACAAAUCUGCGACGAAGUGAGAAGAAAUAUUUUUGUGASCGAUAGAGAGACAGCCGGGAAACUCAGGAAUAACUGUGUUCAAGUUAUCAUCGCUUUAGUUGUUGCAACCAGACAACUACCGUUGAACGAGCAAGACCGAAAUUUUAUUCACGAGAAUGUUUAUAUGUUAAUCCUAGAAAUUCAGRAAUAUAUUUUAUUGUUUGAAGAACGAUUCUCYGAAAAGGAAGGAGAUGAGUCGCAUUAUUCUUGCCCCACAGUUCCAGGUGUUGGUCAAGGUCGACCAAAAUUCCAAAUUCCUUGUGAACAGCUAGAAGGGCUGAGGUCACUGGGUUUUUCAUGGACGGCUAUAGCUAGAAUGCUGGGUGUAUCGGAGAAGACUGUCAAACGUAGGCGAGAGGAGUACAAUAUAUCUGAGCAUGCUGUACUGUUUUCGGAUAUCACGAAUGAUGAAUUGGACAGUCUCGUGGAGCAUGUUCUGGAAGUGUCACACAAUUCGGGAGAACGUAUGAUGAUGGGAUGGUUCAAGGGAAGAGGGAUUCGCAUUCAAAGAUGGAGACUAAGAGAGGYAAUAUCUCGUGUGGACCCAAUUGGGCGARAGCUCAGAAGGAAAACAGUCACCAAGAGGAGAGCAUAUUCAGUUCCAACUCCAAAUGCAUUGUGGCACCUUGAUGGGCACCACAAAUUGAUACAGUGGCGAAUUGUCAUUCAUGGUKCCAUAGAUGGAUUUUCCAGAUCUGGCGUGAUGUGCAUAAUUAUGUUGUUCAAUACUUUAAAAACAUUUUCUUUUAUUUGGAAUCAGUUGAACUUCUAAAUCGUGAUGAUGAUGAAGUGGAUUUGUUUGCUUUACAUUAUGUUUAUYUACCACGCAUAAAUAAUGCUAUUCAACAAUUUGUUUUGCAAUGGAACAAUCACUCACUCUCUGGUGAUGGUGGAUAUACCCCUUUACAGAGGUGGACAGAGGGCYUUUACAGAUUURCCCAGUCAGAUUAUAUGACUGUAAGAGACAUGCUCAACCCACAGAAUUGUAAUCAGGAUUAUGGUGUUGAUGAUGAUGGAYCAAUGCCUGAGCUUCAAACCAGUAACCAUGUUGAAAUACYUGCAUCUACCAUUCACCUUACGGAGGAUAAGAUUUCCCAGCUCAUAAGUGAUGUUAACCCAGUUUCCAAUGACUAUCAUCAUGGAAUUGAGUUGUAUUGUGCUGUCUGUAACAUUGUAAGAGAGAUAAUUGGUAACAAUGAAUGAUUUCUUAAUUUCAUUACUAAUCACGUAAUUAUUAGUAAUUAAUAAUUACCAAUUCCAUUGCAAAAGAAAGUGGGCAAAGCAUUCUGGUAGCUGUAGUUAAUUAUGUGGUCAUGCAUUAUCGCCUUGUAAUCCAUCAAUGGGCUAUUAUUAUCCAACUAUAGGAUYGUCAUAAUCUAUUUAGCAUAAAAAAAGAGUUUAUUUUUAAAACAAACAGGAGCCUUUCGUAAUCACAGGGCAUAUCACGCAGUUUAUUAACAAUAUAGUUUGUGUAAACUUUAAAAUGCAUGUCACCCAAAAAGUUUUAUUUUGUGGAUAUACAGUAGACUUUGCAAUAUGUGAGGUUAUUUAGGUUUGAAAUGACAUUAUGCUAAAUUGAACAGUAUUCAUUUGGGUGUAAACUUUCAGGUUCGAGUAUUUUUUUAGUUUCAAUAUGAAGCUCUGUCUGAC